AUGAAGCUCAGAGUUGUCAAAAUCGACUAUGGAGUAAAUUUUCGAGGCAGAGCCGCCCUUAUUUACUUACGAAGCAGGACACAAGCAGUAAGGACUCACCGGUAUCUUCAGCAAGUUUCAAGACAGUAUUUUCGAACACUAAUCGAUCAGAAAGUUUUUAACUCAUUUGAGUCGGAAAUUCCAUCUCAAACACGAAGUUGCGCUUAUGGCAAUAGCGACGAAGAAAUGCAAGAGAAAUUGGAUCAGUUCAAGAAUUUCAUUCUUGAUGAUAUCAUCCAGUGUGGCGUUUACACGGAUAGUGUUAUCCAGGACUGUAUUUCAAGAAACAUUCUAGAAAACUUGACCCUUCCAAUGGCGAAUUUACAGCAAGCAAUCACUGAAUUACUCAGAGAUAUUGGUGUAUUCAAUAUUGAAAUGAAUAAGAUGACUUGGAUAGCGAGUUCAAAGUCCAUAGAUGACGAAAUCAGUUACGGAAAUGAAGAGUUUGAGAAUGAUGAAGGCGAAUCUUUAUCAGUGAUUCCAUCGAUGGGAAGUGAUUCAGAUAAAUUGACAAAAAAACCAUCGAAUUUUGGAUCAGUAUCGGUUAGGACCACUGAUUCAUCUACUACAUUGAGCAGUUCUUCUAUUAUUGACACAUUUAAUUAA